AUGUUUACUGAAUGCUCAGUAGCUAUGUGUGACUCUGACUUUGGCAAUGACCAGGCGAAGGAGCCGAGCGUGGGUGACAGGUGGCGUGUGUCCUGGUACCAGCGGCUGGUGCAGCCCUGCCUGGCUGAACUGCUGGGCUCUGCCUUCUUCGUGUUCAUCGGGUGCAUGUCAGUCAUUGAGAACGCGACAAACAUGGGGCUGCUGCAGCCAGCCCUGGCCCACGGGCUGGCCCUGGGCAUCCUCAUUGCCACACUGGGGAACAUCAGUGGGGCACACUUGAACCCUGCAGCAUCUCUAAUGGCCAUGCUGAGCGGAGGCCUCACCCUGAUGAUGCUUGUUCCCUACUGGAUCUCCCAGCUGCUUGGCGGGCUGAUCGGGGCUGCCCUGGCCAAGGCAGUGAGUCCUGCGGAGAGGUUCUGGAACGCAUCUGGGGCAGCCUUUGUGACGGUCCAGGAGCAGGGGCAGGUGGUGAGGGCGUUGGUGGCGGAAGUCAUCCUGACGGUGCUGGUCCUGAUCGUGUGCACAGGCACCACCAAACGAAGGACCACACGCCCCGUGGCCCCAUUCUGCACCGGCCUGUCUGUCACCAUGGCCAUCCUGGCAGGGGGUAAUGUGUCUGGACCCUGCAUGAACCCUGCCCGUGCCUUUGGACCUGCCGUGAUGGCCAACUACUGGGGCUUCCACUGGAUCUACUGGCUGGGCCCACUCCUGGCUGGCCUGCUGGUGGGACUGUUCAUUAGGUAG